UCGAUCUGUUUGCAGGUUACAGCAACAGCGCGCGUCGAUUCGCGCGCGCGUCUCACUCGCAGCGUAAACAACCGCACGCAAGGAAAAAACGCAUCGUCGGCAACGUGACCGGGCGCGAGAUAUCCUCUUCUCUGGGCGUCUCUGUGCGACAUUCGUUCUUGAAACUCUGUUUGUUUCCGUUGUUGGCUCCUAGAAUUCGGAUGCACCUUUUUGCGUAGUGAUAGUUUGUUUGGCGUAGGCGCUAUCAUUUAUGUAUUUUAAAGUGACACACUUAUUGAAAAAAAAACGGGGAAGGCUCUUCCAGUUCAGUUUUAUUCCAUGUGACGUUCCGGGACUGCCGCGUUUCGUGCAAUAAUGCGAAGAACUAGCGAGUGAUAACGCGACACGAUACGCUAUACCAAUUCGUGUCAACUAUAAAACACGCUUCAAUAGAAGCAGGCAGAACCGUUUACGAGCCGAGGGAAGGUGACUAAUUAGGGUUGACACCGAAAAGAGAAGUACAUUUUCACAGCCGACGACAAUUGUAAGAGCAAAAGCAAUACAUGAAAAAUACACCUGUGAUCGAGCGACAGCAUCCCAUCGUUAAAUAAAGAGAAAAAAAAAAGUGUUCAGUAUUUCUGUCCCGUCUGAGGCAAUAAAUCGUCAUCACCGGCUUGAAAGUCAUGCAUAAUUUUUAUUAACACUAGAAGCGCGGCUCGUGACAGGCCGUCCCUACGUGAGCUCGCUAAUUCUCGAAUCGUUAGAAAAGGUGCCCAAUCAGCGAAAAGUGAGAGAGUGGAGGUGAAUAAAUAUCAAAAACGUGACAUAAAAGUGCAUAAAAGUUAAGCGAAGAAAAAAUCGCCAGUUCAACCAAACAUAAGCGAAGAAAAAAAAAGGUGCAGUUGAAGUGACGGCAAACGAGUACGCAGAUAGAUAUAGUGGCAAGCGAUGAAAGAGGAGAUGAAAUGCAGCGUGAUUAAUUGAAAAAUGAUAAAGUUCUUCGUCAAGUGGGAGUAAGGUAGUCGUCCAUCAGGGAAAGCUGGUGGAAGAAAUCGCGAAUGAACGACACGGGCAAAGUUUUGAUCUGAAGGAUCUUGACAGUUCAUCUGAUAGUCGGGAGUUAAAGUGCAGCUGCCGGCAAGCCCCGAAAGGACAACGCGGGACUAAAGAAAAACGCAACAACUCAUCAUGCUGUCAGCCGAAGCCCCUGUCAGCCAUAACCAUCACCUGCUACCGGAUCGGUUGAGUGCACCUGCCUUAGCGCGACGAAAGUUCAGCUUCCCAGCCAACCUCCACUCAACGGUUCUACAUGGGGAUCCUCCCGGGUCCAUCAAUUCGGGAUCUCUGCAACCAUCCAGCACAGCAUCGUUUGCACGGCGACGACUGAGUAAUGUAAGCGACGUAGUCACUAGGAAACUGUCUAGCACAAUAGGAUGGAAGCAACCGGUGCUGCCAUCACAAGACAUAAUAACACAAGGAAAAUGCCUCUGCGGCCAGUACAUACGUUGCCGGCUGAAAAAGUCCGGUGUGUUCAAUAGGAAACUUGGACUGCAAAGAAUAAGAAGUAUUGUCGGGACACCGACCAUCCACGUAGUGCGCGAAGUAUUUCCAGCGUUGUUAAGCGUUGGCGAAGAGCUCGAACGAAUGUAUCCUCGGGUUUACAACGGGGUAGCUCGUCAACUUAGUCGGAUCGGGCGAGGCGAACUGAAGACGCCCGAAACAGCUCCCGUACUGCUGAGCGCAAUAGCGAGGGACUUGUUCCGGAGCGAUAUCACGUGGGGUAAAGUGGUCUCGUUGUUUGCCAUUGCUGGAGGCCUCUCGGUGGAUUGCGUACGCCAGGGCCACCCGGACUAUCUGCCAAAGCUGAUCGAAGGGGUAGCCGACGUCAUUGAAGAUGAACUCGUCACAUGGAUUUCGGAGAAUGGAGGCUGGGUUGGGUUAGCGAACAAAGUACGUCCUCCACAGGAGGAGAUCACUUUUGCAGGACGUUGUUUUGUUGGAGCUGGAUUGUUAGUUUGUUUAUUUAUUUUUGUGUUUUUGUUGAAAGCAUUAGGAUUAUACAUGUUUCCAAAUAUAUUUACAUAGCAAAACAUUUUAA